AAGAAAGGUUGUUGAUUUUAUUCCCCUCGACAUCUCUCGCGGAUAUUUUGUCCUUCUACUCAAGUGACUUACGACCCACCAGUUGCCAUAGUUAAUCUUUUGGUCCUGAUGCCUUCCCAUGGUUCAACCCUCAUCAUACCCAUCGCUCUGCUAUCUUUGGUCCUCGGUUAUCUCGUCAUCAACGCAAUCUACGCGGUAACGCUCCACCCCCUGGCUGAUGUCCCGGGACCGCGAGUAUGCGCGGCCUCCCGCGCCGUUUACUGGUACCGGUUCAUGAACGGCAGAGACGUCAGGUGGCUAUACCGUCUCCACCAGCGCUACGGCCCCGUCGUCAGAUUCGGCCCCUCCGACGUCAGCUACGCCGCGCCGCAGGCCUGGAGGGAUAUCUACGGCGUUGGCAAGGGCAGGCCGGACAUGUUGAAGCCAGGAGAUGCUAAUAUGAGGCCCGCGAAUGAUGUCCCAAGCGUGUUGAUUGCGGAUACCGAGAAUCAUGCGCGCAUGAGAAAGAUGUUUUCGCCGGCAUUUUCGGAGAGGGCGUUGAGGAGGCAGCAGGGGCUGUUUAGAAAGUACGUCGACACGCUUGUGGCAAAAGUGAAUGAGCUUGGAAGCACUGGAGAGCCCGUAGAGAUGACCAGCCUGUUCAAUUUUGUAACAUUCGACAUUAUGGCCGAGCUCUGCUUCGGCCGUCCUCUGGGGAUGCUGGAAAAAAACGAGUUCAAUCCUUGGGUGAAGGCCAUAUUUGGCGCGAUUAAGAUGCUGCCGAUCGCCAAUUUUAUCCAAUACUAUCCCGUCCUCGAUGCGCUGUUCACACGUUUCCAACCACAGUGGAUCACCGACCAGCGGCUUUUCUUCGCGAAGCAAACUGAAGAUCGAGUGAAUCAGAGAUUACAGGAAGGCUCGCAGAAACCCGAUAUUUGGAACCUCGUCUUGGCAGCGCAGGAUACCGACAAUGCCCUGUCACUUGAAGAGAUGCACUCCAAUGCGGAUCUCUUCAUGAUGGCCGGAUCGGAGACGACCGCGACUCUACUAAGUGGAGUUACAUACUACCUACUCGUGAAUCCAGACAAAAUGCAGCUACUAUGCCAAGAAGUCCGCACGAUCUUCGACAAUGCCGAAGAAAUCAACCUGGACCGCCUGGCCAGCCUCAAAUACCUGAACGCAUGCCUCAAAGAAGCACUGCGAGUCUACCCGCCGGUAGCCAUCGGCACAGCUCGUAUCGUCCCUAAUAGCGGAGCGACCGUUCUAGGGCGGUGGCUGCCGGCGGGUACCCGCGUCUCGUGCCACCAGUACUCCAUGUACCAUUCGCCUUGGAACUUCAAGAACCCGAGCCAGUUCGCCCCGGAGCGCUGGCUUGGAGACCCCGAGUACGCGGACGAUGUGCAGGACGCGCACCAGCCGUUUGCCUAUGGGCCGCGGAACUGUUUGGGGCAAAAUGUCGCCAUGCACGAGAUGAGGCUUAUUCUUGCCUCCUUGGUGUGGAACUACGAUCUUGAGCUUUGCGACGGGAACGAAGACUGGACGGAUCAGCAGACCUUUGCGUUGUGGAUUAAGAAGCCGUUGACGUGUUUAGUUAGGUCUGUGGCUCGAUGAUGGAGCAUAAUUCCGUUUCUGUCAGUCUUGUGUCCCGGGAAGCACUUGCACCUUACAUUGGUAGAGAAUCCAUCUCCACUGCCAAGAGAGGUCUCGAGAGUAUCAGGUAAUUAAUCAGCUACAGUAAUGGUACUUGUUGUCGGUGACUACUGUGCGUACCCGAUAUUCCAG